AUGUUGCCCUUGUGGUUUUAUUUUCAGAUAAUUAUGACGAUGUGGACUGCAUGUCUCGGGCUGAGGGCUAUCUAUCGUCUUUAUUUCCACCCGCUCCGUGGAAUACCGGGUCCCAAGUUAGCGGCGACUACACACCUUUACGAAUUCUACUAUGAUGUUUUUCAUGGAGGGCCAAUUGUCCGAAUAAAUCCUCGCGAAGUUCACAUAGCUGAUCCCACAUUCUAUGAUGAAAUAUAUGCAUCGAGUACCCGGCGGAGGAACAAGGAUCCCGCCUUUGUUCCCGUAUUCGGUCUUCCUCGGUGUAUCGCUGCAACUGUGGACCAUGAACACCACCGAGUACGGCGAAACAUUCUCAACACGUUUUUCUCCCGGCGCUCUGUUGUGGAACUAUCUGAUUCUAUUGAUGCAAAAAUCAAACAACUGGCGCGGCGCCUUCAGGAAUAUCAUCAUACCGAGUCUGUACUUCAGGUGGAUGAUGCUUUUGUUGCUCUAACAUCCGACGUGAUAACGGACUAUUGUUACGGCAAGAGCUGGAAUUUUUUAGAUGACAAGAACUUUCGAAGUGAAAUUCGACUUGCCGCUAAUGAGUCUAACGCUUUUGUUCACCUUUAUCGAUUUUUCCCAUGGCUGCAGGACAUUUUGCCUCUAAUUCCUGAAUCUGUUUGGUGCUAUAUCCAACCCGGAAUAGCGCCUCUCUUCAGUUACCAGAAAACUGUGCUUGCUAAAUCAUCGGAAGGAGUUAGAUCAAGUCAAGGCAAGACAGGGAGGACGAUCUUUGAUACAUUGACGGAUCCCGCUUUACCACCCGAGGAGCGAACAUUGCGCCGGAUUCAAGAUGAGGCACUGGAAGUGCUUUUGGCAUCAACAGAGACCACCGGAUCCGUGUUGACGAAGGCUAUCUACUAUCUUCUGGAGAAUGAAGCGAGCACAGCGUCCUGGACAGAUCUGGAGAAAAUGCCUUACUUGACAGGCGUAGUUAACGAGGCACUUCGGCUAUCCUACGGGUUGAUUAUUCGCCUGCCUCGUAUUGCACCUAAUGAGGAUCUGAGAUACAAAGAUUACACCAUACCUGCGGGAACCCCAAUGAGCACGAGUUCAUACUUCGUACAUCGCAAUCCUACCAUUUUCAUCCAUCCCAACAAGUUCGACCCUGAGCGAUGGAUGACAGCCGGAGAGCGUGAUACACCCUUGAGUCGAUAUCUAGUGCCAUUCACGAGGGGAAGUAGAAUGUGCUUGGGGAUGAACCUUGCUUUGAUGGAAAUCUACAAGACCAUCGCGUAUAUCGUGCGACAAUUCAAUAUGGAGCUCCAUAAUACAGAAGCAGCCGACAUUGAGCUGACUGGGGCCACCAUGUCAGCAGGCACCAGACGUGGUUCCUUGAGGGUAUAUGUCAAGGUGACUGAGGUGCUGGGGUAG